UCAUUUCUGAACAAAAAGACAAACGUUUGAGAAUUUCAGAAUGUCGGACGAAGAUUUCGAAGGUCUCACUGAGGAAGAGCUCAACCAGCUCGCCGACGAACUGAAGGACGAGUCCGCGCCCUCCCAUCCGCGCGGCGCUUCAUCAUCGUCGUCAUCGUCUGCGCCACGUCGUCCAACUGCAGCGGCGUCGUCGUCGUCGUCGUCGUCGUCGUCGUCGUCGUCGUCGUCGUCGUCGGGCGUCGAUUCGUCGAGCUACAAUCCCGACCAACUCAAGAAAUUCAUGCUUUCGCAAGCCGAGAGCACGCCCGACGUGAAGGAGAAAAUCCCGUAUCGCACACCCACCAAGUCCGCUACUUCAUCCACAACGUCGUCGCCGGCAUUCAGCAAGCAGCCACCGGUUGCCACUGAAUCCGCGGCUGCAUCCAAGGCACGCGCCGCGAUUGAUGCCGAUGACGAGCUCCUUGUCGCGCUCACCGGCCAGUCCGAGGCGGAUUUGCUCAAAAUGGCCGAGGAGCUGAAUGAAGAGGAUCGUGAGCGCGGCCGUGUUGUCCGUCCGAUUGUUGCAGCUGGCCCUGCUGGCAGCCGUAGCAGUGGCAACAGCAACAGCAACAGCGGCAUCGGCAUGCCCUCUGUUGUGGUUGCAACUCAAGUCGAUCGUCCGCGCGAUGACGGCGUCAAUUCCGUCGACUUGGACCAGACCCUGAAGCGUGUCGAGUCCAACGAUUCGACGCUCACCGCCAUCAACCUCAACAACCAUCCCGACCUGACGGUGGAGCGUGCUGCCGCGUUUGCCCGAGCUCUUGGUGGCAACACGCAUAUCAUUGACGUCAAGAUGUCCAAUGCGCACGUUUCGGAUGCUGUUGCUCACGAUCUGAUUGACUCGCUCAAGACCAACUCGACCAUUCAAGUGCUGCACCUCGAAACCAACCAAAUCUCGGGCAAAGUGAUCAAGCAAAUGAUUGCGGCGAUUGUGGACAACAAGACCUUGAUCGAGCUCAAGCUGACCAACCAGACGAACAGCAUUGGCGACAGCUACGAAAUGGAAAUUGCUCGUUUGAUUGAUGGCAAUGACACCAUUCGCAAGCUUUCUCUCUCAUGCCGCAGCGUUGCCGCUCGCAACAGCAUCGAGAAGGUGGCAUCGCGAAACAGCGAAGCAGCUCGCAAGCGUCGUGUUGCCGCCGGCAAGAAGUAACACAAGAAGGAACUUGGCUUUUGUUUGUUUUCAGUUACAAUCGUGAAGCAGACGCUUGCCAUGCUUCUCGUGCUCAUGAGUCAUUCAUUAAAUCAAUCCAUCGCAACAUACUCGUCUCGAUACGUGGCCACCAAAACCAG